AUGGGUGCCUGGUUCUUCCCCACGGCCCUUUUCCUGCUCUGCCUGACUUCUGAAAGCCUGCAAGGCGGCUACAGGCCCCCCAGUGGCCUGGGAGCAGGAUUUGGGAACAGGAAUGGCCUGGGAGCCCAGCCAGGCGAGAGCUCUCCAACUCAGAAUGGCUAUGGAACAGGCAUUGGAGGGGGUGUGAAACCCCAUAAGCCAGGGUUUGGGAAUGGGAACGGGCUCCGAGCAGGGGCCUUCCCAGGUGCAGCAGCCCAUCCAGGCUUUGGAAGGGGUGUGAAAUCCAGGAAGCCAGGAUAUGGAAAUGCUCUGGGAGCCAGUGCUUUCCCCGGGCUUGGAGCCCAGCCCGGUCUAGGAGCGGGAAUGAAACUUCCAAAGCUGGGAUUUGGGAGCAGAAAUGGUUUAGGAGUCAGUACUUUUCCAGGGGCAGGAGCCCUACCAGGCCUUGGAGGGAGAAUGAAACUUCAGAAGCCAGGCCUUGUGGCUCAGAAUGGUGGCCAGGGACCAGGAAUUGGAGGGGGUGUGAAACCUCAAAAGCCAGGCUUGGGAGGUGGCGUGAAACCACAGAAACCAGGCUAUGGAGGGGGCGGAAAACCCCAGAAGCCAGGAUUCGGGAAUGGGCCAGGAACUGGGGCCUUCCCAGGAGCAGGACCCCAGCCAGGUCUCGGAGGACUAAAACCUCAGAAGCCAGGCCCUGCAGCUCAGAAUGGCUAUGGACCAGGCUUUGGAGCGAGUGUGGAACCCCAGAAGCCAGGAUUCAGGAAUGGCAAUGGGCUGGGAGCCCAGCCAGGCCCAGCAACCCAGAAUGGAUAUGGAGCAGGCCUUGGUGGGGGCAUGAAGCCCCAGAAGCCAGGAUAUGGUAACGGAAAUGGACUAGGAGCCCAACCAGGCCCUGCAGCACAAAAUGGCUAUGGACCAGGUAGGAGUGGGCCAGGGUUCUGGGGAGGUUUUGGAGUGGGUGUGAAACCCCAGAAGCCAGAUAUUGGUGAGGGCAUGAAGCCUCAAAAGCCAGGCCUGGGAGGGGGCGUGAGCCCUCCAAAGCCAGGAUACAUGCCAGGGACCGGGCUUCUACCAGGUCUGGGAGGGGGUAUGAAACCUCAGAAGCCAGGCAAGUGA